UGCCUUCGCCAUGGCUGGGGGAGAUGCGGUCGACUCCGGCGAGAAGCGCCUCAACGAGCUCGGCUACAAGCAGGAGCUCCGGCGGGAGAUGACGCUGUUCAAGACGCUGGCCAUCUCCUUCUCGACGAUGACGCUCUUCACGGGGAUCACGCCGCUGUACGGGACCAGCCUGCAGUACGCCGGGCCGGCCUCCCUCGUCUGGGGGUGGGUCGUCGUCUCCUUCUUCACCUGGUUCGUCGGCAUCGCCAUGGCAGAGAUCUGCUCCUCCUUUCCUACCACUGGUUCUCUGUACUUCUGGGCUGCUCAUCUGGCCGGCCCGGUCUGGGGUCCGUUGGCAUCUUGGUGCUGCGCUUGGCUGGAAGCCAUAGGCCUCAUUGCCGGAAUCGGCACGCAGGCAUACGCAGGAUCCCAGGUGCUGCAGAGCAUUAUUCUGCUGUGCACCGGCACGAACAAAGGCGGCGGCUAUCUGGCCCCUCGCUGGCUGUUCCUCGUCAUGUACCUUUCGUUGACAUUCAUCUGGGCAGUGCUCAACACUUUCGCGCUCGAAGUCAUCGCCGUCCUUGACAUGAUCUCUAUGUGGUGGCAGGUGAUCGGUGGCACUGUCAUAGUGAUCAUGCUCCCCCUGGUGGCGAAAUCCACGCAGCCAGCCUCGUAUGUUUUCACGCAUUUCGAGAAGGCGCCGGACGUGACCGGGAUCAGCAGCAGCGCCUACGCGGUCAUCCUGUCUUUCCUGGUGAGCCAGUACUCCCUCUACGGGUACGACGCGGCGGCGCACCUGACGGAGGAGACCAAGGGCGCCGACAAGAACGGCCCCAUCGCCAUCCUCUCCAGCAUCGGCAUCAUCACCGUCUUCGGCUGGGCAUACAUCCUCGCCCUCACCUUCAGCAUCCAGGACUUCAGCUACCUCUACGACCCGACCAACGAGACCGCCGGCACCUUCGUGCCGGCGCAGAUACUCUACGACGCGUUCCACGGGAGGUACAACAACUCGACGGGCGCCAUCGUGCUGCUCUUCGUCAUCUGGGCCUCCUUCUUCUUCGGCGGCCUCUCCAUCACCACCAGCGCCGCCCGGGUGGUGUACGCGCUGUCGCGCGACCGCGGCGUCCCGUUCUCGUCCGUGUGGCGCAAGAUCCACCCGACGCGCAAGGUGCCCGGGAACGCGGUGUGGCUCUGCGCCGCCGUGUGCGCGCUGCUGGGCCUGCCCAUCCUCUGGAUCAACGUGGUGUUCACGGCCAUCACCUCCGUCGCCACCAUCGGGUGGGUCGGCGGCUACGCGGUGCCCAUCUUCGCACGCAUGGUGAUGCGGGAGGCGGACUUCCGGCCCGGGCCGUUCUACCUCGGGCGAGCCAGCAGGCCCGUCUGCCUCGUCGCGUUCCUGUGGAUCUGCUACACCUGCUCCGUCUUCCUGCUCCCCACCGUGUACCCCAUCAAGACGGACACCUUCAACUACGCGCCCAUCGCGCUCGGCGUCGUCCUGGGGCUGAUCAUGCUGUGGUGGGUCGUCGACGCCAGGAAGUGGUUCAAGGGCCCCGUCAGGAACAUCGACGAGCAGGUCGAUCACAACGGCGAUGGGAAUGGCAGUGUCAAGGUCUGAGAGUUGGCAGCUCUUGUCGAUCAAAGAAAUUCUUUUCCG